GCGCAGCGCGGCGGCAACAACAGCAGCAGCAGCGGCGGCGGCAGCAACAGCGGGGAGACACCGGCGGCGGCUCCUCGGAAGCGGCAGCCGCGCCAGCAGCGCCCGCCCGCCCCGCGCGUCCCCUCCCUCCCUCCCCCGCCGCGGAGACAGGGGGCAGCGCCGAGAGGAGAACCGGGCUCAGCGUGUGUGUGCGCGGGAGGAGGAGGAGGAGGAAGAGGAGGGGGGACACACCGAGGACUGCGCCGGCCGAGGGCGCACGGAGCAGGGAAGCAGCGGCGGCGGCACCGAGAGGCGGCGGCGGGUCCUUGUACCCGGAGAGGAGGGCGCAGCCCGCACGGGGGUUUCUACCGAGUUUCCUCUUUUUUUUUUUUUUUUUUUUCCUCCCCUCCCUCGGUCCCUGGGACUCAGCGGCGGGUCUGCGUUUGUCUCCGGAUUUAAAUCCUCCUCCUUCUCCUCCUUCCUCGGGGAAGCUCCCCUCCCCGCCCCCUCCCCUCCCCCACCGCCUCCCUGCCCGCCCGGAUCCAGCCGGGCGCCCCGUGCCGCGGUCGCGUUGCUCGGCGGAGCUGCUGCGGGCGCUCGCCGUCUCUGCGCGGGCUUGGAAUAUGGUUGGGGAAAUGGAAACCAAGGAGAAGCCGAAGCCGAGCCCCGAUUACCUGAUGCAGCUGAUGAACGACAAGAAGCUGAUGAGCAGCCUCCCCAACUUCUGCGGGAUCUUCAACCACCUCGAGAGGCUGCUGGACGAAGAAAUUAGCAGAGUACGGAAAGACAUGUAUAACGACACAUUAAAUGGUAGUACGGAGAAGAGAAGUGCAGAAUUACCAGAUGCUGUGGGACCUAUUGUACAGUUACAAGAGAAACUAUAUGUGCCUGUAAAAGAAUAUCCAGAUUUUAACUUUGUUGGAAGAAUCCUUGGGCCCAGAGGACUAACAGCUAAACAACUUGAGGCAGAAACAGGAUGCAAGAUAAUGGUCCGAGGGAAGGGCUCAAUGAGGGACAAGAAGAAGGUCUUCUUUAAGAGCAGAGACAGCCAUGAUCCAGCAGUUUUGGAGGUAGAGGAAGAACAGAACCGAGGCAAGCCCAACUGGGAACACCUGAAUGAAGAUUUACAUGUACUUAUCACUGUGGAGGAUGCUCAGAACAGAGCAGAAAUAAAACUGAAGAGGGCUGUUGAAGAAGUAAAAAAGUUACUGAUACCUGCAGCAGAAGGAGAAGACAGCCUUAAAAAGAUGCAGCUGAUGGAGCUUGCAAUUCUGAAUGGCACCUACAGAGAUGCCAACAUCAAAUCACCAGCCCUUGCCUUUUCUCUUGCAGCAACAGCCCAGGCUCCAAGGAUUAUUACUGGGCCUGCGCCUGUUCUCCCACCAGCUGCCCUGCGUACCCCUACGCCAGCUGGCCCUACCAUAAUGCCUUUGAUCAGACAAAUACAAACCGCUGUCAUGCCAAACGGAACUCCUCAUCCCACUGCUGCAAUAGUUCCACCUGGACCCGAAGCCGGUUUAAUUUACACACCAUAUGAAUACCCCUACACGCUGGCACCAGCUACAUCAAUCCUUGAGUAUCCUAUUGAACCUAGUGGUGUAUUAGGUAUGGCUUUCCCAACGAAAGGCUAAGAAUUCAAGAACGGUCUUAACUGAUCCUUCAUCAGAUCUGAAUUUUAACAAAUGCUUAGUUUCAGCAGCCUUGAAAAAAGCUUGGCCUAGCAGUCAGUGACUUACUUGCACUUUUUUGCACAUAGAUUUAAAAUAAAAUAGUGCUAUUAAUUUGGAUUAGGUCCUAUUAUUACAGAGUAGCUGUAAUUUAUGGGUGUAUAGUAGUAUACUGACUGCUAAGUGUUCUAUAUAGUGUUUGCUUUACUAAUCACCUAAUUCAUUGCAGUUCAUACUUAUUGACUUAAAGGUUAAAAAUCACAAUUGUAGGCUUGAAGAAUUGCUUUAAAACUUUUUUUUUUUUGUGGUAGAACUGGAAGUGAUCUUAAGGUUAGCAAAUAAUUGUCAGUAUUAAAAGAUGGCAUUAUUUAAAAUAGUCCUGCUGCAAGAAAGGCACUUCAGUGAAUAUGUGACUAGUAAAGCUUAAAUGUGCUUGGGUCUAAUAGAUUUCAUGAAAUACUGUAAUUUUGGGAUUGUAAAUGAAUGGAUUAAACAGGUUAAGGCCAGGAUGUUUAAAAUAAAUGCAAUAUUAAUCUGCACAGAUAAACUUCUUUUUAAGAUUAAGAUUUGAAACUACUGUGCCUUAACUUGUUGCUUUUCUUAAAAUGAACUUCUGUAGUUAAUGAUCAUUUAAAUCCAUUUUGAUAAACCUGCUGUUAAUGUUUUCUGUGAAUGUUUUCUAACUUUGUCUUGGUAAUUGCAAUUUAACUAGGUGCGGUGGCUACUAAAGUUCGAAGGCACGAUAUGCGUGUCCAUCCUUACCAAAGGAUUGUGACCGCAGACCGAGGUUAGUUUAGUUCUGCAGUUCUUGUUUGUAAGAAGUGCUUUGAGUGUACAUGAGAUUUGCAACACCACAGCUGGUUAACCAAAUACCCUAUUUUGACCCAUUCAUUAUUUUUCUCCAAAAUCUGAACAGUUAAUAUUUUAAAGCUUUGGGAAUGCUGGCGGUUUUUAAAAAAAAAUAAAAAAUAAAAAAAUUGUAAACUUGGCUUUCCCAGCUAAAUUAAAUAUAUAUACUUUGAUAUAUUUAAUAGAAAUGCUAUAGCUGAUACAGUUUUAAAAAUGAAAGAUCCAUCUGCAUCAGAAAACGCUAUGAAAUCAGUGCUGCAAUACUUAAUUUGGUCAUGUUCCCUUCCUCCUUCCCCGUCUCCCCCCAAUUCGUUCUUUUUAUUGGUAUGGAAAUAUCAGAUUGGUGUUGCAAAAUAAAAUGAAUGGAUGGUUGCUUAAUGAGAAAGAAGUAAAGGAAUAAAUGCCUCCUGUCUGUGUCUGGAGAAAUCUGAAGAUUUAGAUUCCUUUAUUUUCCAAUAAACUUUUGAGCCACUGUACUGUAUAUUAUGAGGAGGAUGCAUGUUCUCAGAUACCUAACUGAAUUCAGAAAGGUAAGGGCUGUGAAGAUAACUUCAAAAGUUGUUUGAAUUAGUAAGGGUAGGAGAAGGGAGGGUGUUUUGGUGUUUUUGGUGGUUUUUUUUUUGUUGUUGUAGGGUUGUUUUUUUUUUCCAAAAUCUAUUUCUUGGUAUUUUCCUUUUGCUGCUAAAAUGUGUAACCUGAAGGAGAAGCAACUUUUGAAGUCCUGUUGGUGAGAUGACAUCCAGUAUUUGGGCAUCUCUCUUUAACUCUUAAAUGGAAAGUAAAUCUUCAUUUUUCUCCUGUUCCUCAAGUGUCAUGCCUUUGGACCCCUGAAUGAAGUAUUUAAGCUUAUUGAGAAAACUGAUAUUUUCGGUUUAUUGACAUUGACUAGGAAGUAGUGUGAGGGAUGAAUUCUUACCCCAUCCCUGCUGUGGGUUUCGGCAAGUAAUGUAAUCUCUCUGUGUAUGUUUUCCCAUGAGUAAAAUAAGGAUAAUAAUACUUCCCUACCUCACAGGGGUGUUGUGGGGGUUCUUGCUUUGUACAGGGCUUUGAGGAUGCAAAGCAUUACGUGCCAAGUAUUAUUAUUCUGCUCUCAUCCAAAUCAAUGUUGUGCAGGUUUCCAUGAUACUGUAAUAUUCAAAAGUCAAAUUCCAGUAACAAAUCUGACAUCUCCUAACAUUGACUACACUUCACUUCUCACAACCUUCCAUAAAUUGGCUUCAGGAAAAAAUACAGAUUUUGGUCAAUUCAGUAAAAGGGGCCCUCCUGGAUAUUUGCUGUAUUUAUGUAACACUUUCAUAUGAUCUUAGUCUUUACAGAAAGUGUAAAGCUGAUAAAAGACACUACUUUAGAUUUCUAUAAGAUUGUUUAUAUCACUGCACACUAUUUGCAGCCCAUUGGCUUGUUCUCAUUUCUUGAGAACUCUUCAGUCGGGCAACAGGGUAUAAUCAGUAGAAAAUCAUAGCCCAUGUUUACAAAAAAAAAAAAGAGGGUAAAAAAAGAAACAGGCUUUAAUAUUUUCUAAUUUUUUCUAUCACAUUCAAGAGAAACAGUUAGUAAGGUUGUCUUUCAAGGUUUGACCUAAUGUUGCAGAAAUCAUUUUUUCCUCAUGGUCUUUCAUGAUCUGCAGUGGUAGUUUCAGGUGACAGGUGAGGAUACUUUUUUGUUUCAUUAGAUAUUUGCCUGAGAUAGCUAGUAAAUAUAGAUAAUAACAGGCUUGGGGGGAAGUUAGGGAUUGCUGUCAGGGAGAAGAUACCAAUUUGUAGUUUUAAGUUCAUCAUUUUAAUGUUUACUGAACAUAAAUUUUAAAUACUUUUUGAAGGGCCUAGAUGUUUUAUCUGGGUCAUAUAAAAGUAAUUGAAAUUAAUUAUUGGUAUCAUUUCACCUUCUUUUAAAAUACAGCCUUUUUCUGACAGAACAGCAUUUAUCUCUAGCAAAGUGGAAACACACUGUGUUAAGUAGAUAAAUAAAUAUCUUACCUCCUGUUGAAUGAGUCAUGCAUACAUCUCUCUUAUGAAAACCAUAUCGAUAUUUCAGGAGAGCCGUAUUUGAAAGUCUUACCUAAGUAAUGUCAGUGUGUAUUGAGAAACACAAAGUUAAUUUUACAACCAAACUUCAUUGUAUUUUGAAUUUGAAAUCCAAGGUUGCCACUGCACAGAUUUAAAAGUUUCACUAAAUGUUUUGGAGAGAACUUUGUUCAGCAAUAAAAAUUUCCAUAUUGUAGAAUUAAAAUGCUAUCAGUAUUUACCAUAUUCACCUAUUUGAUUGUUCUGUCACCAAGAUAAUUCUAUAGCUAUGGCCUAUGAAAAACAAUGUCAGCAAACCGAAAUACUUUUUUUUUUUUCAAUGAGGAAAAUUUUUUUAUAUAGUUAAAUAUCACUAAAUCUAGUUUUGCAUUCAUUGGGUCUAAAGUUGGGGUUUUUUUAAUUCUAAUUUGACUUUCAGAUGACUUUGUUGUACUACUGCAUUCACUUUUUAAGUAGUUUUUUAUUCGUUGCAUAAUUUUGUUGUUUUGUUGGUUUUGUUUUGGUUUUUGGUUUUUUGUUUGUUUUUGUUUUUUCCAGAAAUAAGCACUGCAUUUAAAGCAAGACUCCCCAAAUGUGUAAAUGUUUUACAACUAAGCAUUUAGAAUUGGUGAAGGGUUGGAAAAUAUAGCUCAUUUUAACUCAGAAUAAACUCCCAAUUUAUAAAUAAUACAAAAUUGAAUUUGAUGCAUAUAACAGAGAGACUGACUGAUUUAAUUGUAAUAAACUGUAAAUGGUGUUGCACAGUUGACAAACCUGUGUGUACUGUAGAAGGCCAGAGACUUGGCAGAGGAUGUAUCACAGGUGUACUGGUAUUUUUUAAAAGUAGCUUGCUUUGAUUUUAAACUCCACAAGAAAUAAUAAUGCUGAGAAUUUUCUUGAAUUUAUCCAAAUCAAUUGUCACAUAAUUUAUGUAUAAAUUUUAAUACCAUUUAAUCAAAAUUGUAAUCAGUAUCAAUAUGCUUUAAGAAUCUGUUUCUAGUAUACCUGUGAAGUGGUAAGAUUGUGCCACAUGACAUUUUUUUUUUUUUCUUUUUGAAACGGCUGUUUUAAUUUAAACAAAUCCCGCUAAGCAUGAUUCUUAAAAAAAAAAUUCAGGGAGUUGUGUUUUGGUCUCAUUUAUGUUACAGUAGUAGUUUUUGGUAGUGUUAUGAACUGUAUCCUAAAUGAUAGGCCAUUUUUAUUAUGUGAAAGUAAAUGAACCCACAUGAAAGAUUGCUAAAUCAGUGGUAUCUGUGAAUAUUACACCUACUGGACUUCAUUUUAUAUAAUGGCACAAAUCUGACUUUGCACUGAAUACCUUUCUCACUUUCAUCUCCUCUGCCUUAGUCAAAAUGGCAACAGUACAAAAACUUUUAUCAACCUCAGAAUUUAUUAGCUAUAAUUAAGCUGUUGAAUGAGUCUUAAAAAAAAAAUCAUACUACUGUUAAGUGGACCAAGUUUGGUGAAGGAGAAUGCGAGAGAAUGAUUAAAGAAGGAAUAGCUCAAGAACAUUGGGAAUGAUAACUUUCCACUUGAGAACUUUUUUAUGUUUUACUGUAAUUUGUUUGUGUUUUGGGGUUUUAUUUUUUGUUUUGUUGGGGUUUUGUUUUUUGGGGGGGGUUUUUUUUGCAAAAGAAAAUAGUAUUUACAGGUGGCUUCUUUUAAAAUAUAAAAAUAUAAAGCAGGAAUGUAUAUGAAAUGUCAGAUUUUAUUGUAUUUGCAGAGUAUUAGCUUUGAAAAUGAAUAAAGAGAGCUGUUUGUAGUUUUAAAAUGCCUUAUUAGUAUCAAUUAGAUAUUUUCUCUAUUUUUUCAUGUACUUAGAGCUUUUUAAGUAUAGACUUUAAAAUGGCAGGACUUUUACAGUGUUUACAUGCAAGUGCAUUUUAUAAGUGUCCUAUAUGUGUAAAAUAGUAUUUCAAACAGGAAAAUGCUGGCUAUAGUAGCAGGCUGAGCGUUUUCCUGGUUCCCACGAUGAUGCCUACGUUGCUAGACUACAGUUUAGUACUGCUUUGUAUCAUGAGGCCAAGAAAUUCCAUGUUGUUUGUAAAUAGAAUAAAUGAAAGGCAAUAAAAAAUUUAUUGAACAAAAA